GUGGCCAUGUUGGUGUUGUGUACUGUCCUCUGCAGUGUAUUGGGCUGGUUAACCCUUUACCUGCUGCUGUGUGCUGCAUUCAGGGAGCGCAGUGCAGAGUGGAACUGCCGCCUGGUCACUCUGUCUCAUGGGAUCCUCAUCGUGCUGCUGACCGCCUAUGUGGUCUUCAUCGAUGGCCCCUGGCCCCUCACACACGCAGGCUCAGAGAACACAGAGCUGCAGGUGCUGUCUCUCUGCGUGUGUUUGGGCUACUUCCUGUUCGACCUGUCCUGGUGCCUGCUCCACCGCAGCGAGGGGCCCGUCAUGCUAGCCCACCACGCCGCUAGCAUCCUGGGCAUCCUGCUGACUCUGUGGCUGGGCUCGUCCGGCUGUGAGACUUGUGGGGUGAUUUUUGGCAGCGAGCUAACCAACCCUCUGCUCCAGGCGCGCUGGUUCCUGCGCCAGGUGGGCCUGUACGAGACUGUGCUGGGCGACUUGGUGGAUGUGCUUUUCAUCUCGCUGUUCGCCGGGGUGCGAGUGGGUGUAGGCACAGCCAUGUUUUACUGUCAGCUCACCUCCCCGCGCCCCGCCCUGCUCAUGAAGCUGGGGGGCGUGGUCAUGUACGUGUUGGCAUGGGUCUUCAUGGUGGACAUCGCACGCUUUGGAUACAAGAAGAGCAAGAUGAAGUAUAGGAGGUGGAAGGAGAGGACUCUGAGAGAGAGCCAAGACUGACUGAACACAAG